CAUGUGCGGAAUGAGAAAGAGGAAGUCACUCACUUGACACUUCGUUGGAAUCCCUUUUUUGUAGAGUUUGACACUUGCGUUAUAUAUGUGUUGCUUUUUAUGAGAUAAAAGUCAACAGAUGUUAAUCACGUAUGAAAAGCGUGAAACACCUUAUUCAUUCCGUUGUCACGUGAUGACACAGGAAGUUAAGCGGAAGUUGAGAACGUUUUCUGCUGCCGCUCGAGUGUUGCCCUUGUCUGAACCACGUGAGACAGUUCAUCCCCCAUAACAUCACGCUAAGCCGGUUAGCUAGCCAAACUAACUAGCUUCCAGUCUGAGAGACAGCUGCAUUAGACAUCUGGCAAGGCUCGGUAAAAAUGUCAAGUAAAUCUCUGUUGCUUUUACUGCAGCGGUGUUUCGCAGUCAGACAGGUAACGUUUUCGACAGGGAUCAGAACAAGAGUCGGCCUGUUGUCAGGCCGUUGUGGGUUUAUUCAGCAGCGAUCAUGGGCAUCGGCAGCCCGGACGGUGUGUGUGCAAAGACUGCUUCAGUCCACUGUGACAACCAGCCGGUCCAGCCUGUGCACUAAGGCAGGAGAACCUUGUGAAGAUGAAUACCCGCCGCUGCCGACCUAUCAGUCUGAUUCAGAGCCAGAGGAGAAGGAGGUCUUCAUCCUACAUGUGAAAGGUCUGCCGUGGUCCUGCUCAGCUGAGGACCUGCUGCAUUUCUUCUCAGACUGUAGAAUCCGUGAUGGGGUGAAGGGGAUCCAUCUCAGUGUGGACAGGAGUGGGAGGCCCUCAGGACGAGCCUUCAUUGAGAUGGAGCAUAAGGAGGAUGUCAGCAAAGCUCUGGAGAAACACCGACAGUACCUCGGCCCACGCUAUGUCGAAGUGUAUGAAGUAACAGACACUUAUGCUGAAGCCAUCCUGAAAAAAUCCGUCCAGUCUCCAGAUGGGGUGGUGCGGCUCAGAGGUCUCCCCUUCACCUGCACUGAGGCUGAUAUUGUCCACUUUUUUUCAGGUUUGGAUAUAGCCGAGAAUGGGAUCACCAUCGUCACAGACUACAAUGGAAGACACACUGGAAAUGCCUUUGUACAGUUUUCUUCUCAAAAAGCGGCUGAUGAAGCUCUGCAGAGAGACAGAGAGGUCAUUGGAAAUAGAUACAUUGAAGUGUUUCCCAGCAGAAGCGACGAGAUUCAUUCUCAGAAGAGGAUCAGGAGCAACCCAGGAACUAGAUCCCCUCAGAACUCGGCCUUGAUGCUUCAUCGCGUACAUAUUAGAGGACUUCCAUUCAAGGUGUCCGGUGAAGACAUUGUUACGUUCUUCUCUCCUCUGGUUGUGUCUAAGAUCCAGAUUGAGUAUGGUCCUAACGGGAGACCGAACGGAGAGGCAGACGUUUACUUCAGAUGCCACCAGGACACUGUGGCUGCCAUGUCCAGAAACAAACAGUACAUAGGAGACAGAUACAUCGAGUUAUUCAUGAACUCUGCACCAGAAUCUGAGGGAUGGUGAAUGCCGAAACAGAUGCUGGAGUAUUCUAUUUAUUUUGAGUCAGAAUUGUACAAACAAUAAACAUUCCUGGUGUCAAGAGAAA